GUGCUGGGACGCAUUUACAAGGAUGCCCCCACCUUGUGCCUCGUGGUUACUUCGAUACUUACCUUGCUGAUUCUGCUGAUCAUCCUCUUCAGCACCUGCAUCGCGCGCCUCACAGGCACGCGCGGCGCCAUUGCGGUGGACCUGGUCUUCCUGUGGCUCUUCGCCCGUCUCGUCGCACGCGCCUUGAUGUUUCCCGGUUCCCUGAAGCUCUUCCAGCGGAGCACAGAAGCAAACUACAGGACAGAAAUAGCACGCCACUACAUCAUAAAUGUUCGCCAACUCUGGAUGUUCCUCAGACAUGCAGCCCAUUUGUCGGACCAUGUUCGGGGUGUCACGCUGGAGGGUUUGGAGAAGGCCUGUGCUGCCGUCAACAGUUUAGCCUGUUCACUCCGAACACAAGAGCAGCACGAGGUCAGGCUCACUGCUGAGCAGCGCGAGGUGUUGGACUCGGCGGAGGAUCUGGGACAGUGGCUGCACACUUUGCAGGUGCAAAGCCUGCAUCCGCGAGGCCAGGGUGCAGUAACUCUUCCCCUGGGCGAAUGGCUAGCGUGGGCAAGGCAAGAAGCGUCAAGAUCCCGCAUGCCACAGGCAGAAUUCAUAGGCAGAUCGGAGCUUGACGCUCAGGGCACCUUGCCGUCCAAACUGGCCCGUCUUGAAAGGCUGCUCUCCGUGAUGGAGGACCUGAAGACGCCCAAGUCCGGGAUGCUCACUACAGCUAUGCGGUUUCUGAAGGUGCCGACCGUGGGAUCCUUGAACCAGCUGAGAGCUGAGCUGCAGAUCCAUUAUUCCGGCCAGCACUUUUGGGUUAAGACAAAGGGCGGGCACCGUCUGGACGCCAUGUUCAUCCCCUGCCAACGUGGCCAUCGGCUGCCUGAAGAGGUGUCCAAUGUCAGCGACCAGAUUCCUUUGAACGAGGGACACCUGAAUCCUACGCUGAUCUGGUGUAAUCCGAAUGCCGCGUACUACGAGGCCAUGGUGUACCAGGCUGGGAUUCUGAAGUUCUGGGCCAACCAGGGCUGCAACCUUUUCCUCUUCAACUAUGCCGGCUACGGGCGCUCGUCGGGGCAACCUUCACCUUCCAGGGUAGCCGAGGACGGGGAGGCUGUGGUGAACUUCCUGAAGAGUCGGGGAGUUGCAAAGCUGGGGAUCUAUGGGAGGUCAAUUGGAGGGAUCGCUGCCUGCCACUUGGCCAGAAGAUUCCCCGAGGUGCAAAUCCUCAUCACAGAUAGGACGCUCAAGCUGCAUCUGUACGAAGUGCUAGCAGCUAGCACAUUGUCUCUGCUCCGUAUGCCUGUGGACCAAUAA